AUGGACCACCACGUCCUGUACGUGGCCGUGGAUGUCAUCAAGGAAUCGCGGGAAAUGCGGCUGCAGCCUUUCAAUGAGUACCGCAAGCGGUUUGGCCUGAAGCCCUACGCCUCUUUCCAGGAGCUCACAGGAGAGAGGGAGAUGGCAGCAGAGUUGGAGGAGCUGUACGGAGACAUCGAUGCCUUGGAGUUCUACCCAGGGCUGCUUCUUGAAAAGUGCCUACCGAACUCCAUCUUUGGGGAGAGUAUGAUAGAGAUGGGGGCUCCCUUUUCCCUCAAAGGUCUCCUAGGGAAUCCCAUCUGUUCUCCAGAGUACUGGAAGCCAAGCACAUUUGGUGGUGAGAUGGGCUUCAACAUUGUCAAUACGGCCACGCUGAAGAAGCUGGUCUGCCUCAACACCAAGACCUGUCCCUACGUUUCCUUCCGCGUGCCCGACUCCAGUGGGGACAAUGAACCUGUUGUGGAGCGACCAUCCACAGAGCUCUGAGGGGACAGGGAAGCAGCAUUCUGGAGGUCAGAGCCUUGUGCUUGUCAUUCCAGAAUGCUGAAGCCAGCACUGACGGUCUUAAAUGUUGGUUUUCUGGUUUAGCAUGGUGAGUGUUGGGGUUGACAUCUAGAACUUUGGGUCUCACCCAUUGCCUGGAAUAUUGUGGUUUUUGUCAUUCUGGAAUGCUGAAUUCCUUGUUAACCCUUCAGAAUGUAAGGAGUGGUUCUCAUUUGGCCUGCCAGAACACUGAGUUCCUAGUUGACAACCUGGAAUGUCAGAUUUCUGGUUGAUUUG